CGGUACCUGCCCACCCCUAGACCUCUGAGCCUACAACCCGCACUGGCCACUGGUCAGCACAGCAGUGACGUGACCUCCAGUGAGCCGUGCAUCCCUGCAGAAGGCCGCCACAGGACACCACCGCGGCGAGGAACCAUCACAGCCACCAGCGGCAUGGAGGCUGCAGUGAAGGGGGGCGACAACCCCGAGGAAUGUCCCGUGUGCCUGACAGACUUUGACGACACAGUGCAGCGGCCGCGCUCUCUGCCCUGUGGCCACACCGUCUGCACGUCAUGCAUAGAUAAGCUGAAGGAGCAGGGCCAUGUUGCCUGCCCGCAGUGCCGCGUUAGCCACGCUGUACCCGAGGGUGGAGAAUUCCCUGUCUGCUAUAUUGCUGAGGCCCUCAUAAGAACGAUGAGGGAUGCCAAGGUCGCUGCAGCAGCCUCACUGCCACCCAGUGCCAGGAAAGGGAAAGGAGCAGCAAGGGCAGCUGGCAAGAAGAAAGUGCUGGGUCUCUCCAAGAAAAUGUGUUCCUUUCUGGAGGAACAGGAGGCCACAGUUAUGGACGCCAUUGCUACCUGCCGGGAGGUUGAGUCACAGCUGGACCAGUACAAGACGACCCUGACAGGCUGGGGCAAGCAGCAGCGGCAGCUGGAGGACAGGCUCCAGGGACUGGUGGACCAGAGCAAGAGUGCCAGGGAGAUUGUGGAGCUGGAAAAGUCCCACGUGGCAGCCAAGGAUGGGGAGGUGAAGAAGGGGAGGCAGGAGCUGCAGGCCGUGCUGGAGACAUUAUACGCCCCAGCAACAGAUCAAGAAGCAGGCGUGGCGGUGGCUGAAGUGUUUUGUUGCCUUGGCAAGGUGGAGCAGGUGGUGGAGGAGUGCCAAGAGGGUUUCCCUGAUGCCAGUGCUGUCACCACUGUCAGGAAGGUGAGAGUGGCAUCUAGUGUAGCCCUGGAGGCUGCCCAAGCUGUCCAGAUGGCUCUGGAAACUGUUACUAAAGAAGAUCUGCAGCCCCAGUCAGACCCAGAAGAGGCCAGGCCCCAGUCAGACCCAGAAGAGGUCAGGCCCCAGUCAGACCCAGAAGAGGCCAGGCCCCAGUCAGACCCAGAAGAGGCCAGGCCUCAGUCAGACCCAGAAGAGGCCAGGCCCCAGUCAGACCCAGAAGAGGCCAGGCCUCAGUCAGACCCAGAGUCCACUAUCAUGGACAGACUGCAGCUCAUCUUGAUGCUGAGCUUGAAGGCCGAGGAUCUCCGCAGCCUAACACAGCCUGCCAAGAGCCUGCUGCAGGCUGGCCUGGUGUUUGCUGUCCACCAGGUGGAAGGUCAAUGCCGACAUGCAAGAAUAAGUCUUGAAGCCGGCCAGCUGUACCUCCAUGCCCUGAAGGAGCAGCCCCUGCCCCUGGACACAUUAACCCUGCAGGUGAGUGAGGUCGUGCCGCCCUCCCCCCCUUGCACUGUGUUCCUGGACCUGUCCUGGCCAGGCAGCACAACACGGCGGGUCAAAAUCCAUCUGAGCCCCGACACCCCAUGGGGCAGGCAGUUUCUGUUGCUGUGCACAGGGCAGCGCGGCCCCUCCUACCGUAACACCAGCUUGCUAGGGGUGGGGAGGAAGGGGCAGCAGGGAGAGUUUGUGAGGGCCGGGGACUAUGAGAGUAAUGAUGGGGAGGGGGAUGCCAUCCUGCUGUCUGACCUUGAUAAGGGUGAGUACCGGACGUCAGGCCAGCCGGGUGAUGUGUGUGGGCUGGUGUGGAAUGACCCUACCCGGGGUGUGUGUGGUCUGUUUGGUAUCUAUACCAAGAAUGGUCAGGGAAAUGAUAAGUCAACUAAAGUCUUUGGUGAGGUGGUGGAAGGACUGCCCGUGGUGGUUGAGGCAGCCCAACACAGCAACAUUAGGGAGGUGACUGUAGUGGACUGUGGUGUGGUGUUGUGAGGGUAAUGGCCUGCACCACCACCACCACCACCACCAACACAGCAACAUUAGGGAGGUGACUGUGGUGUGGUGUUGUGAGGGUAAUGUCCUGCACCACCACCACCACCACAUCACCACCAUCACAUCAUCACCAUCACCAUCAUCACUAUCACCACCACCACCACAACAACAACAACAACAUUAUAAAGGUGACUUUUUUUUUUUUUUUUUUUUUUUUAAGUAACAUGAAGCAUAACCUUGUGCUCUUAACAUUAAUACCUGAUGCAAUGUAUUGUUCAGUUUCUUGCUGCAUUCUUGUGCCAUCAGCGCAGUGUUUCAUGCUGUCCACCGGCCUUCCCUUCACUUACUUUUGUUAACUUGUUCCAUGAUUUCCAUGUUUGUAAUUACAGGGACGUCUUGUUGUACGCGAGUUUAAACUACGCAAAUUUGGUUCAACGUGAUGUAUUUAUUACUUAUAGAUAAAAAUUGGUCUUGGAACCAUCUGAUGAAACCAAGGAAAUGUUGUAUUGAAACAUUAAUUUUAUGUUUUCCUGUAAGUCAUUCCUUAAUAAAUGUCUGUGAUCAGUCUGUGA